AUAUAAAUACUCUUCAUGGUUUUUCCUCUAGGUCGUUAUGUUCCUUCUGGUGGCACUAAUAUUUCCGAGUCAAGCAGCGCAAUCUGCCAUCCCUGGUCUAACGGAACAGCUGAUGAACAGCAGUGCGAUACCAACGGAGGGUACAGCCAGCUGGAGAAUUAUCUGUACGUGUUUGUCACCGCUACGUUCCUCAUGUCGUUCCUGGUGGGCCCGUUGUACACGCUAGGGGUCGCUUAUCUGGACGAGAACGUGAGCAAAAAGGUGUCAGGUGGAUAUGUUGGGAUCCUGUAUGCCUCAACUGCUAUUGGUCCUGCUGUUGGUUACGUCAUGACAUCUCAACUGCUCAAUCAGUACAUUGACUGGCCGGAAGUAACGAAUUUGACACCCAAUGACCAGCAAUGGUUAGGAAACUGGUGGUUCGGAUUCUUUAUGCUGGCCAUCGUCGCCUUUUCGGUUGCCAUUCCGCUGUUUUGUUUUCCACGAAAGCUAGGCGGUAUCCAAAAGCGCCCAGAAGAAACUGAAGAGGAAACUACCCUUCCUGCCAGUAAAGAUGACAAAGAUGGCGCCGAAGAGGAUGAUGAUGAUGAUGAGCCUGCUAAGGCUUUCCCUUGUGGUGCUCAGGACUUCUGGUCCACCGUGAAGGAUCUUGCGAGUAAUUUCUCCUACGUGGGUCUUUGCCUUGCAGGUUGUUCUGAAGCUAUAGUACUUUCCGGGGUGAUGACGUUUGGACCCAAACUAGGACAAACACAACUUGGACUCCAAGCUUCCGAAUCUGCGCUCUACCUCGGACUGAUGAUGAUUCCCUCUGGAGCAGUAGGCAAUCUUUUCGGCGGUUGGCUCGCGAAGAAAUGUGGAGCAGACUGCAAGAAGCUACUAAGGCUUGUCCUGAUUGUUAAUCUAGUCUCCAUGCUUGGACACAGUGUCUUCCUCCUGUCCUGUCCCACACCAGGCACUACGACCUAUCUCGCCACCAACAGCACAAGUUGUGCCACUGACUGCGGCUGUGCAGAUUCGCUGUACGACCCGAUCUGUGAUCUCAGUGGGAUCGAAUACCAGUCCGGCUGUCAUGCGGGAUGUACAGGCGUUAACAAGACAGGAACCACUACGACGUACUUCAACUGCAGCUGCAUCGUGGAGGACUGGCUCUUCACAAACGUCACAUCCAGUUCCGGGUCAGAGGCCAUACACGGCCCAUGCCCCGGCGGAUGCCCCACUUACGUCAUGCCCAUGUUUCUCACCUUGUUCGUCCUGCUGAGCAUGCUCGCCGCCGCAUCCAUGGCUCCUUACACCGCAACUAUACUGAGACUUGUUCCUAAACCAAGGCGGUCCUUUGCCCUUGGAGUGCAGUGGACCUUAUUCAGAUUGCUUGGCGGGAUUCCCGGACCUGUCAUCUUCGGUCACAUCAUUGACCAGGCGUGUGCGCUGUGGCAAGAAUCUGAUUGUGGGGAGGUGGGCGCCUGUGCAGUUUACGACAGCGGCAAACUGGGCUUGUACCUGCUCGUUUCGUCGGUGUCCAUCAGGCUGGUGUCCAUGGCGCUGUACUUACUGGCAUACUGCCUGUACAAACCGGUGGCGGAAGAAGAGGAAAGUGUUCCCGCGGAGAGUGAAACAAUGAUAUAAUCUUCUUUUUUCUUAAAUCGGUAUAAACAACAUAAAGUAACAGGGUAUGAUAUAUAGGAAUCAGGGAAAUUAAACUAACACUCAGGACUCAAAAAAGUUUGCUGUGAGAAGCUUUUAUAUGGUAUCAACCAUAUUUCUUCAGCUGUGAAGGCUCACGUGACCUGAGGGUCAGAGGUCACUCUCAGGUCACGUGACUGGACGAGUGUGUUGUGGAAGGGAAGGAGUCGGUAGCGGCCCAGGUCCCGGUUCAGCAUGGGAGAACGGGCCCUGAGAUAUAGUUUUUUUUAAUCGGUAUAGAUAAUAUUACAGUAACAAGGUGUGAUGAUUAACAUGUCAUCGAGUCGUAUUCAUUGUAUAUUUUUGCUUUACUAAACAAUAUUUGGGCACGAAUUUGCAAUAAAGUACUUACUGUCUAGUAAUUAUCAUUACUUUUUUAAGUAUCAUUCUAUGCUCUGGAAAUAGAAUAUCUGAUUGAAUUCUAUCCUACAUCGUUGUACACCUACGGUACAUCCCCGUACGCGUUCAGUUAUUGUUUGUUGUGGUGUGUGCUUGUAGUUACGUCAUACGGUAGAAUGACGGAAAGUACAUGUAAGUGGGAAGAUUGUGUCACACCAAAGGAGUAACAGGAUGUUGAGCUCAAAGUUGUUUAUCAAAACUUACAUUUAAGGUCAUGGGGCCAAUGGAAUAGGCUACCUUG